UGUACCGGGAGGUUUCAGUGGUUCAGCCUCACCGACAGCUAAUGGAUUAAAAAACACGCUGCCAUCCGGCAGAGCUCCGGCGCGUCUCCGGGCGCUGUCACCAACAUUUCAACAUGGAAGUGAGUGCUGGAACGUGCAGAUAUAUUGGAUCUACCCCUGAAGCACACAGAGAGAUAUGCUGUCAGUAGGCUAAAUACUGGCCGCCAUGUGGAGGCUACCUACAGAAUCCAGAUAAAUUAGAUUAGUGGAUUGACUGCAACAGAUUAUAGCUCUCCUAGUUCCUCGAUGCUUCAUAAGAAAACCUCAUCAAUCUGAUCAUAUUUCAAGCGGGGUUUUUGGAAUAUAAAGAGUGGCAGCCAUGCUGACCAGCUUUAUGGAGGGUCUUCUCUGCUGCCUGACCUCCAAGUCUGCCAACGUUGUGGUUCCUGUAGAAACUUCAGAACCAGCUGACGGCUACGAGUUUGUGGAGGUGAAACCAGGCCGCGUAUUACGGGUUCGGCAUAUAGUCCCUGACCGGCCGGCGGUGGAGGAACCCACUGGGCCGGGUGGGAGUGUAAGCUGCAAACGAAAGAUCACAGUAUACCGUAAUGGACAGCUAUUCAUUGAGAACUUGGGUGACAGGGCGAGUGCUGAACUGAAAAACUGCCAGAAUGGGGAGACAGAACCAAACAGUACUGUAGAGGUUGAACUGACAGACUGUGGUAACUCCUCACCGCCUGUCAGCAUCCCUGAGCCUAGGUCUGAGUCUGGAAAAGACGGAGCAGCUGAAACAGGAGCAGGAGGAGAGGCAUCUGCUGCUGGACAGACUGACCAGUCGCAGCAACCCAGGAAGCGCAGGCGGAAGCCCAAGCGCACAGUAGUGAUUGACUGUGAGAGGAAGAUAUCAGCUUGUAAAGGGACACAUGCAGACGUGGCUCUGUUCUUCAUCCAUGGAGUAGGAGGCUCCCUGGACAUCUGGGGAAGCCAGUUGGACUUCUUUUCCAGGCUGGGCUAUGAAGUGAUCUCUCCAGACCUAGCAGGUCAUGGAGCCAGCUCAGCACCACAGAUAGCUGCUGCGUACACUUUCUACGCCCUGGCUGAGGACAUGAGAUUGAUCUUUAAGAGAUAUGCACGCAAGAGGAACAUUCUCAUAGGACAUUCCUAUGGUGUGUCGUUUUGUACCUUCUUGGCCCACGAGUAUCCGGAUCAGAUCCACAAGAUGGUGAUGAUCAACGGCGGUGGUCCCACAGCUCUGGAGCCCAGCCUCUGCUCCAUCUUCAACCUACCCACCUGUGUGCUCCACUGCCUCUCCCCGCUGCUAGCCUGGAGCUUUCUCAAGGCCGGCUUUGCUAAACAGGGUGCCAAGGAGAAGCAGCUGCUGAAAGACAACAAUGCCUUCAACGUGUCGUCCUUUGUGCUGCGUGCCAUGAUGAGUGGCCAGUACUGGCCUGAGGGAGACGAGGUUUACCAUGCUGAACUCACAGUGCCCAUUCUGCUGGUUCACGGCAUGCAUGACAAGUUUGUCCCUGUUGAAGAGGACCAGCGCAUGGCAGAGAUCCUCCUCAUGGCCUUCCUGAAGGUCCUGGAGGAUGGCAGUCACAUGGUCAUGAUGGAGUGCCCAGACGCUGUCAACACACUCCUGCAUGAGUUCUUGCUCUGGGAGCCGGCUGCCCCUCCACCGCCAAAGAAAGAGUCCAAAGCACGUCCAGAAACUGCCAAAGCUCAAUCUGACAGUACCAGGGCUACAUCUGACCCUUCCAAGGUCCGACCUGCAACUGCAAGGCAGACCUCGGACGAGAAGCCAGACAGCAAGGCCAAGAAAUGACUGAAAGUUAAAGCUUUCAGUGGUUACUACAUGAUAUCAUGGCUGGCCAUGCACUGGGGUCCUGAUAAUCUGAGUCGGUUGUAGCUGUUGAACCUGAUGCUGAGCCAAGAGGAGCCAGUUUAUCUGAAAUGGUCCAGCUAAAUGUUGGACAAGUGAAGGUGUGAUGCAAUGCAGAGAAUUCAAGUCUGAGUCCAGUUAUAUCAGCUGCUGAGCUGAAGGACAGAGGAAAAAGGAGCUCCACUAAUGGAUGCUGGAGUUUCACUCUUCAGCUGACAGCACCCUGUCCUCAACAUACAGCAGGGUGGAUGCAGCUGUGCCUUGAAGUGGAGGGUGGUGAUGAUGACAGCGUAGGCGAAGCAAGACACAGAAACGGUAACAUACUGCCAUGAGGGCGAGCCAAGUUCUCAAGCUGGAAAAGUGAUAAAACUUGAAGUGUAGACAAAUCAAAAAGUUUCACCUGCCACACACUGACAGCUACAUUUUAGAAAGAAUAACACUUGAUGGCCUGGUCUGACUUAUGCCAUCCCUAAAAUGUGGAGAAUUAAAGGAAUGGUUUGUAUGAAACAUGCUCCUGAUGACAACUGCUACACUGCCCUACGUAAAGCAGCAGCAGAGCCUAAACCUUUUGGACACUAGCUGGAUAGUAAACGAACUGAAUGUAUUAUUAUGUCAAAUUGUGACAUGAUGAGAUAGGUGUGUGUCAGAGGAAGUUUUGUGGCGUGGAUUUUCUGUUGCACAUGAUGGAUUUCAAACCUCACUUCUUGUGAAGGGGAGAGUUUUAAGUGGGCAAACAGUGUUUAGUGAUACACACAAAAUUGCACCGAAAACAACUGGGUAUGCAUUUCUUGAUUAAAUAUGUUCAUUUAGUAUUUUGAGCAUUGUUUUUGUUCUUCAGCACCUCUACAAUGUGAACCAGAAUUUUAAGUUUGCACAGUGCAUUAGAUGUAGCCUCACCUACUACUACAGUUGUGACUUGUGAAGCUGAACAAGUGACAAAUGAUCAAGACAGAAGUGAAAGUAAACGUGUUGCUUCCUAGAAUUCAGGGAAAUGUGUUCAGUCAAGUGUGUCCUGUUUAAUGUAGGAAUAGUUGAGUCUCAGCAGUGACUCAUAAACUCAUAUAGUCAGAACUGGCCAAACACACAAACCACUUAAAGAGCUGUUAAACAAAUUAUAAGAACACUUACAUUAAGAUGCAUCAGGGUAGUGCAACAGCAGGGUUUAACAGACAACAUGAAAUAUUUUGCAUGUAGCCGUGUGCUGGCACUGCAGCACCUUUGAUAUUUCAAAUCUAUGACAAUCAGUGUCUGAUAUACUGUAUUAUGAACUUCCAUGUGGUAUUAGAAAGCACUUGUUUAAAUGAUUCCCCAUUCCCUGCACAAAAAACUUUGUGUAUGCAGCUGUUUAAUAUAUAAAUAUAAUUCUUCCUCAAACCCAUUUUUAUUUUUUAGGAUAGCAAACUGUCUGCACUCAAAGAUUUGAAUGAAUGAAGUGAUUGUUAUAAAUAAAUAAUAAGCAUUUAUUAUUUAUUACCAAAACUUUGCUAUUCUGCAAUGUUUGUUUUUUACCUUGAGAAGUGAAGCUUAGUUCUAAUAUAGUGGCAUUAAAUUGGUACAAAAACUGUAUUUUGACACGUCUUUAAAUAUAUGUGAGUCUGUAUCAUAAGACUGAAUUUAUUCAACUUUUGCACUGUAACACCAACAGGGCAGAUAGCUGGAACUACAGUAGGGAGCUGUUAAAUCCUCUAUGACGGUUUUUUGACCUCUACAGUAAUGUGUGUAUGUCUCAUCGUUAACCGACAUGUUCUCAGUGCUGCCGUAGUUCACAAACCUCUGAACCUCUCACACCGAAUCAGAAGUUUGAUUUGUUUAACGUGUGAAUGAAGCACAGACGUUCUCUCUGAUUCAACAGUAUUUGAUGUUUUUUUAUAUACAUAGAUUAUUCUUUUUAUACAUUGUAUUUCUAUUUGUGGUGGAUAUUUAGAGAUGUAAAAGGAACUGUAGCAGGGAACUCAUUCAAUCAAGUGAAGAUGCAGCUUUGAUCAGAUAAAUGUGACAGAUCUGUUUUGAGACUCGUGUUCAUUUCCAUGUGUCACAGUUUACGAAUGGUUUGU